AUGAUGCAAAGAAUUGCCACAACCUGCGAAUUAAAAUGUAAUAAGCCGAAUCUUGGAAAAAACAAUUAUGGGUUAAAUACAGUCUUACAAACAAAUCUGGUCGACUCACGAGGGCGAGUGAUGAAGAAUGUAAAUGCCGUGCCAAUCAAGGUGCCCUCAUCUGCAGAAAUGAAGAAUGCAAGAACAAGGUUUGUGACUUUUAGAGUUGAUAUUCAUAUGCUAAAUCCCCUGAUCAAUUCCAUAGUCUUCUAA